AUGCCUUCAUUCCAACCGCAGCCAUUACAAAUGCAAAACAAUAUCAACAAACUCAGUCCAACAACCUCUACAAACCCCAAAUUUACCAAAAUCCCUACCAAAAACCGAAGAUGCAGCCACAACACCCAGUUCCAUUAUUUAUGCCCAAUCCGCAUCUCCAAUACGAUCCAAAUCCUCAAGAAAUUGCAACUCCUCAGUUCAAUUUCGAUCUCAAUCUCAGCAACCAAUGCCAAUUUUCAACUUUGCCCAGCCACCUUCAAUGGCCGACCAGUUCUAUAUGCAGAAUGCCUUCCUCCCAUCCUAUUUCCCGAUGAUGGGACGGGCUCCAUAUCCACAAUUUACUCCACAGUUGCCGCAGUUCGCCCAAAUUGCCUUUCGGAAUUCAGCGACCUCCAUCGACCGAUGAUUUUCUUCUCAACAGAACCCUCGGGUGUUCCAUUAAUUCAGCAAAAUCCGUACCAACCUCAACAGUUCCAGCCACAACCACAACCGCAGCCACAAAUGACCACACACAAAUUACAUGUUGUCGGUUUCGAAUCGGUAAUUCCUCAAAAUACCAAAACCGAAAUCCAAAACCAGCUCCAAAGCCAGAAGAGAAGAAAUCAGAACCAUUAUCAUCUACUAAAACGAAAUGGCAUUUAUGCCCGAUCCAAGUCCAGUUCUGAUUCAGAUUCUGACGGAGAUAUUUCUUAUUGUCAACCAAGACAACGGAUGGUCCAAGAAAGAGACGAAAUUAACACCGAAACCCAACUUUGA